AUGAGUGGCGGUGGCAGCGAGACUGAAACUGCUGAGCUGGUCCUGUUCCGGCUCGAGGAAAUCGACGAGCUUCUUGCCGCUGUCAACAGCGACGAGGAUGACUCGCAGGCCACCACCCUGGCGCAGUACCUGCGACGUGGUCAGGAUCUGGAGAGUGCGUUGAGGCUGCAUGACGAGCAGCUGCGUAGCUUACAAGACGAGUUCAUCCAGGCCCACGUCAGCCGGGCUGACCAGAUUGCGCAACUCUAUCAUGAAUUCAGCGCAUGCGAGCGGCACAUAGUUGACUUCGAGGAGGAGAUUCUGACCUUUCAGCGCAAGCUCGAGGGCAACGCAGAUGAUAUUGUCCACAUGCAGCAGCAGGCGGACGGGUUGGUGCGGAAAGUGAACAGCCGGCGCCAGGUAAGCAAAAAGAUCAACGAGGUUUACAGCGCCCUCCAGAAGUGCGAUUCCUUCUGCGAUGUCAUUUCGAACAAAAGUGUGGACGAGAAUUAUCUGGCCAACUUGCGCGAGCUGAAUCGCCGGCUGGAGUUUCUCUCCGGCAACAAGGCCCUUCAGUUCUCUGCCGUGGACAACGAAAUCCGGCCCAAGUUGACGGCCGCUGCGUACAAAGCGGGUGAUAAACUUCAGCGCUUUCUUACCAAGAAGAUUCUUACCCUCGCCGAGGACCCGUCGCGCACCGUCGACGGGCAGAAGUCGCUUGAGGAGAGCGCGCAAUUCGCGUUUCGCUUCCUUCAGUUCUACAACCCACAGGUUGCGAUAGAGGUGACGAAGCUGUACAUGCGGUACAUGUCCCAGUCGUACGUGAAGCAGUUUCUCCUCUUGAUUGCGCAGUUCUCUGAGGUGUCGGCGGUGCACGCUGACCCGCUCGAGCCACUAGUGUCGGCAGAGGAAGCGCGGGACAUAGCGAGCAACCGAGACGUCGGCGCCCCGCCCGGCAACCAGGUAAACCCCGCCACUGUGAACUUUCCUGGUCGCACAUUGGCACGUCGCGAGCGGAGCGUGUCGCAGCACAUGCGCGGCUUCACCGGCCUCAUGUCCAAUGGUGCGGUCACCUCGAAGACUGAGUCGCUUCGCCUCUUGCGCGCAGCUACCUUUGCCGAUUCUGUGAAGGCGGUAAACGCACUUGCUGUGCGGCACGGCAAGCUGCAUGUUGGCGACACCGUGGCAGCACAGCUGGAUGAGUGCAACAGCUGGACGUGGCAGUUUAUUCGCUGCUUCCAGGCGCUGGUGAACACAUGCGAGUCCGAGUGCCGCUUUAUCGGCAACUUUUUCUGCGUAGCUGGCGACGUCGAGGGUGGCGAGGACUUCACGAGUGCGGAGCGGAUUGCCCGCGCAGUGCUGGGCCGCGCAGUAAGCAACGUAGAGACCUCCAUCAUUGACAACCUGUCCCUCGUGAUGGAGCGCACCGAGGUGCUGGCGGCGCUGCGGGUCUUGGAGUCGGUGAAGCAGCACCUCUGCACUUCCCUGGAUCCCAUCCCGCUCCUGUUACUGAGUGGCGUGCUGGAGAUGUCGAAGACGGUGCUGCGCAACUCGCUGCGGACGGCCUUAGAGAAUGAUGAGCUCGCCUUGGCCUUCUUGCCGACAUUGAGGCUUUCUUCUCUCCACCGCGCCCCCGCCAAGGACAGCGGCUGGGCAGGCAUCCUCGGCAACAAGCCGUACUGCGCGACGUUGGGGCCGCACCCGCUUGUCUACCGUGUCUGUGGUGUGCUGGGUCAGCUGGAGUAUCUGAACACCGCGACCCUGCGCUCCUCCGUGUUUAUCGGUGGAAAUGAAGGGGUCUUCGACCCAUUCGUUGCCACGUUUGUGAAGAACUGCCUUGGGCAUAUGAUGACGUUGGUCGACCAGCUGAAGCGCCGUCACGCGAGUCCGCUGGCCCAGCAGGUGUUUGCUUGCACAAAUGUGUACACGGUGCUGGCGACGUGGCGGGAGUUGAUGUCGCUCAGCGGCGACAGUAUAUCAGGGACGCCAAGUGCGUCUACCCCUGCUUCUCCUGGAGCGAACCACCGCAGCGCGAACGGCAGGCGGUUGCACUUCGACGCUGACAAAUCGGAGGAGCUGGCAGCGUCACCCACAGAGGCUCCGGGGGGUGGCGGUGGUACCGCUGCCAGGGGCAUUUCGUAUCAUGCCCAGUACCUGGAGAGCCAACUUCAAAAUGCCAUUCAGGGCUGGGUGCGCGCCGAGCAGGAGAACGGAGAGUUACCGUGGAAGUCCCUUCUCGUGCUUAUUGACGAAGCGACGAGGGUGCUUGGCACGGGUUUCUUCGACUCUGCUGGCUCAUCAGCAUCCACUGAGUGCUGCCCAAAUGCGACGCCAGCAGCUCCGCAGCGAGCCCCGCCCACCCCGCCCUCCACGCUGCCUGCAGAGCUGGGCGAAAGCUCCGUACUGCAGGUCGCCGUGCAGCUCCACUCGCAGUGGCACUCUCAAGCCACAGCGAUCGCUGAGGUGGUGAGAAAGGCAGUGCAGCAGUCUCUGGGCCGAUCUGUCAGCAAUGGUAGCGCUGGUGGUACAACUGCCGCCACUGCAGUCCAGCAGCGGCAGUGCGAUGAGCUGUCCACGCUUGUGGUGAGUGCCCUCUUCUCAACUCUGACAGAGGCAAAUCGAAAACUGUCUGUCUUUGUGGCGCAGUACUACAGCGGGAACCGCGAGCUGCAGUCGAAGCUAGUUAGUAACACAACGCUGCUCCACGAACUGUCCCGUCUAUUGGCCCCGAGUUCUUAG